AAGAAGAAUAACAAGAAAACAAAAAAAACCCAGUGAGAAAUUAAGGGAAAUGGCUUCCGGGAUGGAAAAUGAGGCACUGGCAAGUGAGGCUCCUUUUGCACCUGUGACUUAUGAGAGGAGAGUCAGAAAUGACUUGGAAGACAAGCUCCCGAAACCUUAUAUGGCCAGAGGUUUGGUGGCUCCGGAUACAGAACACCCAAAUGGAACACCAGGCCGCAGGCAUAACCAAUUGAGUGUCCUUCAGCAGCAUGUGGCAUUUUUCGACCAAGAUGAUAACGGAAUCGUUUACCCUUGGGAGACUUUCACUGGACUGCGAGCCAUUGGCUUCAAUCCAAUUGCCUCUCUUGUCAUAGCGGCUGCCAUCAAUGUUGCAUUGAGCUAUGUCACACUUCCAGGGUGGCUGCCUUCACCUUUCUUCCCUGUAUAUAUUCACAACAUACACAGAGCGAAGCAUGGAAGUGACUCAGGCACUUACGACACCGAAGGGAGGUUUAUUCCAGUGUACAUUGAAAACAUGUUUAGCAAAUAUGCUCGUACAGUACCGGACAAGUUUACACUCAGAGAGAUCUGGAACAUGACUGAGGGGAACCGACAGGCUUAUGACUUCUUUGGCUGGAUUGCUAGCAAGUUGGAGUGGGGGUUACUAUAUGUCCUUGCAAGGGAUGACGAGGGCAUGCUGUCUAAGGAAGCUGUAAGACGAUGCUUUGACGGUAGCUUGUUCGAGUACUGUGCACAAAUGCACAGGGGUGGCAAGGAGAAGACGGGUUAAUCCUAUGCUAGUUCCCUCUGUAUUAGAAUUUUCUUCUCUAGUUUCAUUUGCACCUGGUCUUUGUCUUGUAUAUGCUGCCUAUGCAGACUAGUAGCCUAAAUUAAGGACAAUAACGCCAAAAGAGAUGCAGACAGGUUUGUUGAGGUAUGGAUUUGGCAAGUAAUUGUCUAACUGGUCUGGUAAAUGUGGUUUUGUUUUCCAUGCAAAUCAUCUGAUCAUAAUGCUAUUCACAUUCCAGUCAUAGAAAUUGAACACCAAGAGGAUUACUUUCCAUUAAAAAGAGGUCUUUCUUUUUCUCUGA